AUGUUGUGUCUGAGAGUUGAGCUUCAGGUGAAGAAGAGACUGACAGAGAGAGUAAUGUUGGGCAAAUUCACUCAUAAUAUUCAAUGUGCUUAUGCCAAAAUGGAACGUGGAAUGAGGGCAUGGGUAGUGCUGGACAGAUGGCUUCGUGUACAGUGUGACGGCAGCUGUGCAGUUUCGGUCAUUCCAGGAUUAUUGCUCAGGGCAACAGACAAAGAACUUCCUUCCUUCUUCUACAUGCAGAACAGCAGCCAGAUUUUGGAAACAACCACUAGAGUCAGGUUCAAGGGAGGAGACGGACAGUCAGCAUACGACGCCCAGGCUGUGGGGUCCCAGUGCUGUACUGACACGUGUGCCUUAGCUGCGCCGGCUGUUGCUCGCCCUCCUCUCCCCCAGGGGGCGCACGAGGUCUCCCGCCCUCCUAGUUCGCAGGCGCAAGACCUCCCUGAGCCGCGCGGGGCUCGGCCACAUCCUCGACCCCGAGGCCGCGUCAGAGCCGUUGAGCAGCCAAUCAGAAUCGUCCAUGUACCAGCGGGGGCGGGGCCGCCGAGGGAGGAGGAAGAUGGCGGCGGGGGCGAGGCUCCUGGGGAGGAAGUGACAGGAGGAGGUGUUCGGGGAGCGAAUGAAGUGAGGAGAGAUGCUGAAUGGAAGAACUUGAGAGCUCCUGGGCAGGUGAUGAGAUCUGGGCAGGGCAUUAUAGAGAACGCGCAAGGAGGUGGAGGAAGAGGCCUGAGUGUGAGGUUUGGGUGUCAACUAAGUUACGAACGCACAGGAAUUUUCAAAAGAAAUAAUUCCAGAUUGAUGGAUGAAAUUUUAAAACAGCAGCAGGAACUUCUGGGUCUGGAUUGUUCCAAAUACUCAACGGAGUUUGCAAAUAGUAAUGAAAAAGAUGAUCAAGUUUUAAAUUGCCAUUUGGUAGUGAAGGUGCUGUCCCCAGAAGAUGGAAAAGCAGAUAUUGUGAGAGCUGCUCAAGACUUCUGCCAGUUUGUAGCCAAGCAGCAAAAGAGAGCCACAGAUUUGGAUGUAGAUAUGUUAGACAGUUUACUUAGUUCAAAUGGUUUCCCUGAUCCUGAUUUAGUAUUGAAGUUUGGUCCUGUGGACAGCACAUUAGGUUUUCUUCCCUGGCAAAUCAGAUUGACUGAAAUUGUCUCUUUGCCUUCCCACCUAAACAUCAGCUAUGAGGACUUUUUCUCUGCCCUUCGUCAGUAUGCAGCCUGUGAACAGCGUCUGGGAAAGUAAUGAUCCCUGGUUGUGUAAUUUGAUUUCAGGCUUUUGGAGAAAAGGACUCAAGUGACUCUGAUGUUUACAAAGCACCUAUGAAACCCUGUAUACACCUAGUUCAUAUUCCUCAUAAUUUAUCAACAAACACAAAAAAGUGUCUUACUUGAGAGUGAAUGAGUGUGUGCGUGUGUGUAUGUGUGUGUGCGCGCGUGUGGAAAUACACUUAUAAAUGGGGGUAGUGUUGGAGAAAGAAUACACAAACCUGCAACUUGGAACAAAAAUAGCAGCAAUGUUUUAGGAGCUGAGUUUUCAGAUUAAAGGCUUCAGCCCCUGCCACUUCCCUGUUUCUGUGGGGAGAGGAGGGAAUGAUUGGAGCUGUUUUAGUUGUUGUUUGGUGUUGAAGAAGGAAUACCUUUUGUCCAGUCUUUUUGUAGUGACCAAACUUUGAUUUCUAAGAAUAAUAUAUGAACUUGUUAA